AUGAAAGGAUCCAAGAUGGUAACGUGCGCAAGUCGCUGCUUCGGUGGCAGCAAGCGACUUCUUCCUAUGCGGAGUCGCUGCAUGGCGACGGCCGCGGCCGCCGAGGCUCCCCGCGGCGCCCGUCAGAGUACUUCCUUCACUCUCAACCUGUUCCGAGGUCAGUUCGAGCCGACGCAGGUGUUCCCGUUCCCGGAGCCGCUGUCCGAGGACCAGCGCCAGACUCUCACUGAACUCGUUCCACCGGUCGAGAAAUUCUUUCAGGAGGUGAACGACCCGGCCAAGAACGACGCGGACGCACAGAUCGAGGAGGCCACUCUUUCGGGACUGUGGGACCUGGGCGCCUUCGGUCUCCAGGUGCCCACGGACUUGGGCGGACUGGGACUGUCCAACACACAGUACGCGCGGCUGGUGGAGGUGGUGGGCGCUCAUGACCUGGGCGUGGGCAUCACGUUGGGUGCUCACCAGUCCAUCGGUUUUAAGGGCAUAUUGCUUUUCGGCACGCCAGAACAGAAGCAGCACUACUUACCGCGCGUCACGGGUGGAGAAUAUGCAGCUUUCUGCUUGACAGAGCCUUCCUCGGGCUCCGACGCCGGCUCUAUUAAAACGAGAGCGGAACUGUCUGCCGACGGCAAGCACUUCAUUCUAAAUGGAUCCAAAAUUUGGAUCAGCAACGGUGGGAUCGCCGAGAUCAUGACCGUGUUUGCUCAAACACCCGUCGAGAAAGACGGAAAAAAAGUAGAUAAAGUGACGGCUUUCAUUGUGGAACGAUCGUUCGGAGGAGUGUCUUCGGGUCCUCCCGAGAACAAGAUGGGUAUCAAGUGUUCAAACACCACGGAGGUGUACUACGAGGACGUGCGGGUGCCCGUAGAGAACGUGCUGGGCGGAGUGGGGAACGGGUUCAAGGUGGCCAUGAACAUCCUCAACAACGGCCGCUUCGGCAUGGCGGCGGCGCUCGCCGGCACACAGCGCGCCGCCCUCAGGCAGGCCGCGGAGCACGCCGCCACUCGCGUCCAGUUCGGGAAGCGGCUGUGCGAGUUCGGCUCCGUACAAGAGAAGCUGGCUCGGAUGGCCAUGCUGCAGUACGUGACGGAGUCGCUCGCCUACAUGGUCAGCGGCAACAUGGACGCCGGCCACCAGGACUACCACCUCGAGGCGGCGGUGUCCAAGGUGUUCGCGUCCGACUCCGCGUGGAAGGUGGUGGACGAGGCGAUCCAGAUCCUCGGAGGGAUGGGCUUCAUGAAGGCCACGGGGCUGGAGCGCGUGCUGAGGGACCUGCGCAUCUUCCGCAUCUUCGAGGGAACCAACGACAUCUUGCGGCUCUUCGUCGCUCUCACCGGAAUUCAGUUUGCGGGCUCGCACCUCCAGGAAGUGAUGCGCGCCUUCAAAAACCCGACGGCACAUCUCGGACUCAUUUUUAGCGAAGCUGGAAAGCGCGCCGGACGGGCCGUCGGGUUCGCGCGGGGCGCCGACCUCGACCCGCUGGUGGCGCCGGCGCUCCGCCCCGCGGCGAGGGAGCUGGCUCGCCGCGUGCUAGAGUACGGGGCGUGUGUGGAGGCCGCGCUCCGGAAGUACGGGCGCGGCGUGGUGGACGAGCAGCUCGUGUUGAACAGCCUGGCCGCCGGGGCCAUCGACGCUUACACCGCGGCCGCCGUCCUGUCGCGAGCCUCGAGGGCGCAUCGCCUGGGGCUGCCGGCCGCCGACCACGAGCUGGCCCUGGCCGAGACCUGGACCGAGGAGGCCGUGGACCGCAUGGGGGCGCUGGCCGGCGCGCUGGCCCCGCGGGCCCUCAGACACGGCUCGCGGCUCACGGCCCUGGGGCGCGACGUGGCCGCCGCCGGAGGACAACCCUCGCGCUCCCCGCUCGGCCUGUGA